GCGGAAGGUACCACCGCCGGGUUCCCCUGCCCCAUAUGUCGGGAACGCGUGCCCAUCGACGACCGUGGUCUGGACGGGCUGCGUCGAUACUAUGAUGCUGGAAUACAUCGUGGAACGAUACCAGCUACCUGUCCAUGGCCGAGGGUGCCACGCCUUCCAAACUUCUUUGCCAGCUUUGUGAAGGCACCCCGAUGGAGGCCUGUAAAACGUGCGUGACGUGCAGGGCGACGUACUGUGCGCAGUGCCUGUUGACCAUGCACCCGCCGCGCGGCCCUCUCGCCUCGCACGAGCUCGUGGAACCUACGGCAAAGACGGAACAGCCCCGAGCGGUGACGUGUCCUGACCACAAGAACGAGCGUCUGAACAUGUUUUGUCUGACAGACGAGGCCCCCGUGUGUUCUCUCUGCAAGCUGGUUGGCAAACACAAGGAGCACGACAUGGAAGAUCUCGGCCAGGUGUUCGAGAAAAACUUCGCCGUCUUGACCAACGACUUUGAGAAACUGAAGGGAAAGCUGACGUCCAUGAGGGAGGGGCUAACACAGAUGGAAACGUUCAGAGACGGUAUCAGCCAGCGUGCGGCACAGCUUAAAACCAAUGUCAGGGUGGAGUGUACGAAGCUUGUAGAAAUCAUUCAGCAGCGAGAGACAGACAUGGAGCUUGGCGUCGACAAGGCCAAGGACACGGAAGAAGAAGCGCUAGAAGCUUUCCUGCACAGCACACGACACAACGAACGUAAGGUGGGCGCCCUGGUGACGUACGUGACCGAGGUUCUGAAGGAAAGAGACGCCGCUGCGUUCCUUCAGACGUGGAAGACGCUCAACACGUACGUACAGAAAGCUUUACAGCUGCCGGAGCUGAAGGACGACACGGUGUGGCAGCAGGUGGAGCACCUGUCCGUGGACUUCAGCUGCACAGCACACCUGCUGCACCAGCUAGACUUUGGGCAUUCCGCCAAGGCACCAGUCAUUCUACUGGACAGGUGCUGGACGACCAUGUGCGCGGCGUCGCUCCAGUGGACCACGGAAGAUGCCGGCGUAAUAUUUGACGUCAGAUACACAAAAAGCGUCGCGGAGGUAACUGAAGACGUGUGGACGGUGGUAGAGAACGUUCACGGCUUCUCCUGCACUGUGAGAGGUCUGGACUCCGACUCUAGCUACAGGUUUGUGGUGACCGCGAAGAACGGAGUGACCAACGUCUCCAGUCACGAGCUGGAGUUAACCACGAAGCCUUUCGUGUUCGCCCUGGACCCGAACACAGCGCACAGACAGCUCCGUCUGUCCGAAAACAACACCUGCGCCACCUACGUGCCCUCUUCUGACGUCCUUCUCCCCGAUCUACCUUCCCGCUUCGUUGACCAGAAGUUCUCGGUUCUGGGCGACACAGGCGUGGCGUCGGGGAGGCACUACUGGCAGGUGGCUGUGGACGACAACUGGUGCACGGUGGGUGUGGCCCACCGCUGGUCUCCCCGGGACCAGCACGUUGGGUCUACCCUGCAGUCCUGGGCGCUGUGCAUCUGCAACCGCGACAACAUAGGCGUGGUUCUACACGGUCCGACCGGGGCGUCCUUCACCCUCGGCUGCGUCUUCCGCACCAUCGGCGUCCUCCUGGAUCACGACGCGGGCGCGGUCACCCUGAGCGACGCACAGACCGGGAGGCUCAUCCACGUGUUUAAAGACUGCCUGUUCACCGAGCCGGUCUACCCCGCGUUCUCCGUCAGCGGCAGCCUUACAGUCGUCAACGGCGUGCCCAAUCCAUGGGCUCAAACAAUGUGCACGUCGCCAGUUUGAG